AUGCAAUCGACCGCAAACAAGUCACACGGCACGCAACCACCUCCAGUGUCACCGACCGGCCACCCCCUCCCGCGCCGGACCUCCCCUGCCAAUUCGGUGACCCUGCGACACCACCGGCUCGCCCGCGAUGCCUCCCUCCGAGCGAGCCCCGGCUCCGGCCCGGCCGUCACGAGCCAGACAACCUCUUCGCCGAGACGCAACUCGUCGGGCGACAGCCACGAGACUGGUCAGAGCGACCCCAAGAAGUGGUUUGACCAAUCCAACGAAAACCCGACGGCCACAUUCGACAACAACACCAUGGAUGUCGACCCUCCAUUCUUCCAGAAGGAAUCCGAUUCUUCCAACGAGGAAAAGGGAUACCAGCAUCAGCAGUUCCUUGCCGCCCCGCCGAGACUUACAGGCGCCCAGAGCAGCAGCGCCGACGAGUACCGCAGCGUCAUCGACGACUUGACUGUCGAGAUACAGAAGCUCAAGGACGAGCUCAAGCGAUACAAGCAGAUGGGUCCGGAUAUGCUGCGGAAGGAGAAGCUGUUCGAGAUCAAGAUCCACGGCCUCCCCAAGCGAAAGCGGCGAGAGCUCGAGGCCACGCUCCGCGACUUUACGGCUAGUCUACAAGAGUCACCCGAUGCGUCAUCGUCGCAGCGAAAGAAGUCGUCGAAGCGAGGUAACCGCGAUCAUGCGUAUUCGGGCUCAGGCUCGGCGUCCAAGCAUGCAUCCUCCUCGUCCGGCUCCAACGCCCGACCGGCCGACUCGGCGUACGCGUCCAUGUCUACCGGUGCAAACUCAUCCGGCACGUCGCUUAGCCGUCCGCCGAACAACUCGCGCGCCAAGACCUCGGAGCAAAAGGUCGAGAACUAUCUGAAGGACAUUCCCGAAGGCCUGUACCCGCGGCAUAUGGCCAUGACGGUCAAGGAGAGGAGAAAGUUGGUCGUCCGACGGCUCGAACAGCUCUUCACGGGCAAGAUGGGAGGCCGACAUGCGCCUCACAAGCGAAACACGAUGGAGGUCGCCAAUCCCGCGCCAAGUGGCAGCCUCGCCCCAGUCGUGACGGGGAAUCAGGCUCAAAGCACGCAACAGUCGCAUCAGCCCCCGAGCUUGGCCACGGUUGAGCCAUCGCGCGAGGCCCGAAUCCUGCCCUCGGAUCAGCCACAUCCCGGCCAUGCGGGCAAGAAAAGCAGAUCCCGCGACAACGGCUCCGCAUCCAACUCGAACGGUGACCAGACCGAGUCUGGCGGGAAUGGGAACAGCAGCUCAGGCAACAAUAUCUCGCCAACAAACGUGCCGCAGCCACCCGAGCAGCGGGCAACCCAUCCAAAGGAUCUGGACCCCGAUCGCGUUCAGGUCCCGUCCGAAAACAUGGAGUACAUCAGACAUCUCGGUCUGGUCCCCCCCGAGCUCCUGGCCGAGGAACCGCACUUCACCCCAGACGUCCACGCGGAUGCCGAGGGUUGGGUGUACCUGAACCUGCUGUGCAGCCUGGCGCAGCUCCACAUGAUCAACGUCACCCCGAGCUUCGUGCGCUCCGCCGUGUCUAGCAUCAGCACCAAGUUUCAGCUCUCGCCAGACGGACGCAAGAUUCGCUGGCGCGGAGGCAGCGAAGGUACCAAAUUCUCUAGCGACAGCUCUGGGGAUAGCUCGCAGCGCAGCCCCGACACCGACGACUCCAGCGUCUCGAAGAAGCACGUGUCGCGCAAGCGUCAAAGGACGGGCAACUCGACCGGCGAGGACUACCACUCUGGGAACUCGAGCAAGAACCAUUCCAAGGUGGAGCUCCAGCAAUCCGGGUCCUCGGAUACCUUUCACUACAAGCCAAUGUUUGCCCAGCAAGAGUCCCCGAACGGCGGGACGUCGCCGGACGACACAUUGUCUUCGUUUGGACCCGUUGAUGACAGCAAUGUUGGAGACUCGCGUUGGGGCUUGAGUGGCUCCGGCACGACGGGUCGCAGAAAGCGCCGGCAUGACGGCGCCAUCAUCUACUACAGUGGCGCGCCGUUCUGCACCGACUUGUCUGGCGAUCCCGGCGACAUGUCGCCCGCCACCUACAUGAUGUCUAGUGGCCAGGCUCGAGAGGAGACGCCGUCCAAAUCUGCACGCCCUGUGCCACAGAGGUCAUAUUCCGGCUCAUCGCUCAACUGCAGGCCCUUGUCCGAUGGCCUGAAGGCAAAGCUGGAUGCCGACGCCAAGAUGGAUAUUGACAGCGAAGGGGAGCCACCUGGCUUGAGCGGUGACUCGGGUAACGACAUGACCGACAUUGAACUUGAGCCGACUUGGUCGGGUGACCAGCAGUACAUGGAGAUGGUCCCGCUGGAGCCAUGCGGGCUAGGCGGGGUUGUGCCCGAAGACCACUUCAUGGUGCUAGUCACUACGCAGCGACCCAAGGACGUCAAGCCCAUGCACCCUCCUCUGGUCCGUACGAACACGGACGAAACUACGGACGGGAUCAUCUGCCGCCUCGCCACCAUGUCGACGUCGUCGCCAGGCCCCAUGACGGCCAUGGCAAAGCCAGCAGGUGAACCGACGGUGGAAAUCGACUAUGUCUCGGGCCGCAUCAAGCGUCUCCCUCCCGUCCCGCUCCCGCCCCCCGCCAUCUUCUUCCCUCCUUUCAGCACAGACGGCUCGAGCGACUCGGACUCGGACCUCGAAUCUGAGGCCGACGACUCGGACCUCGAGUCCUCGGAGGAGCUGAUGAGCCGCCGGGCGAACCCGCACCAGUCCGACGGGUAUCCCGACGGCGUGGACCUCAGCAGCGGAGACGAGGACGGCGAGGACCCCGACGACGAGCCCGAGACCCACCGCAUGUACGACAUCGACAUGCAGCCGCCGCCGCUCGACAUGGUCCGAAAGGAACCCAGGAAGCAGUCCAUGAGCAGCGCCGAGGCUGCCCCGCCGUCGGACCGUGGCCGGAGCAAGAGCGCCAGCGAGGCGCUCGCCCGAACCGGCGGCAGCUCGGCCGCCACGGCCGGCGGCCUGGAGAGCGGAUACAGCAGCAGCGACGAGAGCAGCUAA